AGGGAAGGAGCAAUGGCAGCCUCCCUUGGCUUCGCUUCAUCCUCACUGGCUCCCCUCUACACGCACUUUCCGCCUCUCAGAUCCUCCCCUCUCACCCCCCCCACCUCUCUCCCUCUCCCCUGCCAUCCGCCCUUCUCCUCUCGCCGGGCUUGUCGAGCUCAGCCUGUUCGUCGAGGAACAGCGCAAGAGCCUGGGAAAGAUGUAGAGAAACGAGCAAGCAGCCAGGCCCUCAAGUCAGUCCAGCGAGCCAGAAGAGCUGCCCAGGGGCUGCUGGUCGCCAUUUACGUGGGGAGCAUGCUCUCGUUGGACUAUGUCUUUACGGCCAUCAAGCCGCAAAACUUUGUGUUUGUCGUCUUCUGGUUCGGCUUCUCGUGGCUCCUCAACGCCAAAGUUUACAAGCAAGAGGAGGCUGUAAAGCCGCUUCUUCCCGAGCGUUGGGUCUCGACAUAUGCCAAAUUUAUGGCAGUCAUCUCCAUCCCCUUGCCGUGGCUCCUGAUCUUUCAAGGCAACAAGGAUCAUGUCAUGGCUGCAGGCUCUCAUCUUUACUUGAUCAUGGCGCAGGUGUUGAUGGAGACGUUGAUGGUCAAAUUGAAAUGGUCCACUGCUGUACGACUUCUCACACCCAUCGCUUACAACACCUAUCGCUUGCUGUCGUUGCGCGACUGGUACAUGGCGGUUUUUUUCUCCGAGUACCUUGAGGACAGCUUCGGUCUUCCUGACAAGCUUGUGGCGCUUACAAAUCUUGUCAUGUGGACCUUCAAUCUGUUCUAUGUGUUGUUGAUCAAAACGCUUCCACUUCACUUGAACCCAAACUACUUGAAACCUUCUCAAGGUGCGUCUCGGUUUGCUUGUCGCAAUCUUGUGAGACUAAUAAAAUUGAAAUAGGGACCGAAGGAGCUAAAGAAGCAAAAUAAGGGAAAAUAAGGGAACAAAGUGUCUGUACUGAUGGUCGUACUUAAUUCUGGU